AUGACAAAAAACAAAGCGUAUUUGCAUCAACAAAUUUAUUCUAUUUACAGAACCUAUCAUCUUCCCAAAUCUCGUUGGUUAACAAUGAAAUCCCAAGAAAUUUUCGAAUAUCGAUUUAUAACUUAUUUCGUCACACUAAUUCGAUUGGUGACCAUUCUUCCAUUCAAAUGUGUUAUGGGCAUAUUUCGUUCAAUUGGUGACCUUUUUAACUUCUCUUCUUUUAAUCAUUCAGGUGGUAAAGAACAUUAUAGUUGUGAAUAUGGUUCAGUGAAGUAUUAUAUUUAUUGUGGGAUUGGUGGAAUGAUCAGUUGUGGUAUAACACAUACAGCUCUUGUUCCAUUGGAUCUAAUCAAAUGUCGAUUACAAGUAAAACCUCAAAAAUAUGUGAAUCUCAUAAAUGGCUUCAAAGUGACUAUUGCAGAAGAAGGUUUCCUUGGUUUAACCAAAGGUUGGGCGCCGACGUUGAUUGGUUAUUCUUUCCAAGGUCUCGCAAAAUUUGGUUUCUACGAACUUUUCAAAGUUUUCUAUGGUGGUAUUCUUGGAGAAGAAAACGCAUAUCUCUACCGAACAUUAUUGUAUUUAUUAUCGAGUGCGUCGGCUGAAUUUUUUGCUGACGUCGCUCUAUCACCAUGGGAAGCGACUAAAGUACGAAUACAAACACAAGAUAAUUGGGCAUCAACACUUAGACAGGGCUUGCCGAAACUUUAUGCGGAAGAAGGAUUGUAUGGAUUUUAUAAAGGUAUUGUACCACUUUGGCUUCGUCAAAUACCUUAUACAAUGAUGAAAUUUGCCUGUUUUGAACGUACGGUUGAAGCUCUCUAUAAAUACGUUGUGCCUAAACCACGCGAACAAUGUACGAAAACCGAACAACUAGGCGUCACAUUUGUUGCUGGAUAUAUUGCUGGAAUAUUUUGUGCUAUCGUUAGCCAUCCAGCUGAUACGAUUGUCUCAAAAUUAAAUAAUGAAAAAGGUCUGAGUUUGUUUGAGGCCGUCCGUCGUGUUGGUUUUGCGGGCUUAUGGAAAGGUCUUGGUCCCCGUAUAUUCAUGAUUGGAACGUUAACAGCUUUGCAAUGGUUCAUAUACGACACUGUGAAAGUCGUUUUGGCACUACCAAGACCACCGCCCCCGCAACCACCACUUUCACUACAGAAAAGAUAUGCUUUCAAUAGUGACAAAGAACCGUUGAUACGUGAUUUGAGUGUUAAAAGUUGA